GGGUCAAUGUGCGUUGUGCGGUAUGCAUUGUUGUUCCAAGCUUUCAGUGGAAGUGGAAGUUUGUAGUGUGGUGGUUUUCAAUAAUACGGACUAGGGGGUUGAGAGUUAUAUGUUAUAUGAUGUUUGUUGUUGUUGUUUAUUGUUAGCAGUUCCCAAAUAGUGUUUGUUAAACUCGUCUUGUAUUUUGUAGUUUUCAUUAUCGUCAACUGUUGUUUACAAACGGAAAAUUACUGAAUAUAUCCCCGGUUCAAUAUUUGAGUGAUUUUAAUAAAAAAUGUCUGGACCAAAAAUAUUCACUUGGUGUACCUAAUAUUCCAUUUGUGCAAAAUGCUCGUAUAUAUAUUAAUAUUUUGCAUCCUCGCAAAGUUUUCAGACUGCACUGAUUCCAAUACUGAAACGACAAAGCUGUUUACUAAAGCAGUAACUUGUGCCAGCAAUCAGUUUCGGUGCUCUAGUGGUCACUGCAUUCCAGCAAGCUGGCACUGUGACUCCCAUCCUGACUGUGAUGAUGGAAGUGAUGAAACGAUGGAAUGUCAAAACAAAAACUGCCGUCCAGAUCAAUUUCAGUGUACUUUGACAAAGAAAUGCAUUCCCACAGGUUGGGUGUGUGAUGAGGAAAAAGACUGUGGAGUAUCUCCUGAAUUGGGACCAGAUUUCUCUGAUGAGGACCCACAUAACUGCACCAAAGGGUGGCAGUGUAAGUGGAAUGAAGCAGCUUGUGGAGUAGGCUUGGAAUGCAUACCAGUCAAGAAGUUUUGUGAUGGCCAUCGAGACUGUGAGGCAAAUAGUGAUGAGUGGGAUUUCUGCCGGAAUUACUCUGCAGCUUGUGACAGGUUACAAUGUACAUUUGGAUGUAAACCAACCCCCAAGGGUCCUCAGUGCUAUUGCCCAGAUGGAAAAAGGCCUGAUGGCAAUAAAUGUGUUAAUGUUGAUGAAUGUGAGUUUGAUGAUACUUGCGCCCAGCUAUGUACAAACACAAUAGGAUCUUUUGAAUGCUCAUGCGUAUCUGGUUACCAAGUGAACGGAACCGACUGCAUUGCUAUAAAUGUUCCAGCUUCAGAACCCCCAUCUCUGAUCUUCUCAACCCAAACGGAAAUAAAAAGGGUUACCUUAGAUGGAAAGGCUUUUCCUGGAAACUCUACUCUCCAUCUUUUGAACAGCAAUGCUUUGGAAUUCAUUCAUCGUAAUCACACAGUAUGCUAUGUCCAUCACAAUCUCACUAAAGCAUCAUUAGUUUGUGCCAAUAUUAACGAUCUCAACAACCGCUGGGUCAUGAGUUCUGAUUCACCUCUAUUGGAAAUUGAGGCAAUUCAACAGAUGGUAUUCGAUUGGAUAACAGGGAAUUGGUACUUCAUGGAUGACCAAAGAGAGGUGAUUAUUGUGUGUACAAAUAACUUGCGCUGGUGUAACAUGCUCAUUGAGUACGAUUUGAGUAAGCCACGGUCACUAGCACUUGACCCUACUAGCGGAUAUCUAUUUUUCACUAAGUGGGGAAAUUCAGCACCUAUGUUAGAGCGUGUUGGUAUGGACGGGCUUUCAAGAAUGCCUAUUGUAGAUCACACAAUUGUCUAUCCAUAUGGAGUUGCAGUAGACUUUCCAAAGAAACGAGUGUAUUGGAUAGAUACAUACUUGGAUUAUGUGGAAACCGUAGAUUAUGAUGGAAAGAACAGAAAAACAGUUUUGAGAGGUCCAAAGGUACGAAAUUUGUAUGGGAUUUCAAUUUUUCAGAAUAAACUGUUUGUUUCAUCGUGGUUUAAUAAUAGUAUCUUCGAGUUGGAUAAAUCUGGACAUGAGGAAAAGACACUUGUAGCAAAUAUGAGUAGACCAUUUAAUGUAUAUGUGUUCCAUAGGCAGCGACAACCUGAUGUGGCUCAUCCAUGUAAGUCAAAUCAUGACUGUGAACACCUUUGUAUUCCUGUUUGGAAUCGUCAAAUAGCUAUUAAAAAAUGUAUCUGUGCAUCAGGCUAUGUCCUUGUGAACAACACUAAAUGUGCCAUGAAAACGCCUUCAACUUUUUUGUUGCUAUCGAAAAGCCGUCCAUUUUCCAUUAAAGCUGUAGAUUUAGAGACUGGAAAUGAUGCCAUGGUGCCACUGACAAGAAUAGGACGACCUAAAGGUCUGGAUUAUGACGUAAAGACCAUGUCAAUUUUCUAUUCUGACAUACAAUCCAUGACCAUAGAAAUGGUUCCUAUUAGCAACACGACCAACCACACAAUUUUAGCAAAAAACGUACUUUGUGAUGGUUUAGCUUUGGAUUGGAUCUCUCGGAAUAUUUACUGGACAAGUUUGGAGAAGAAUUCGUUAGGCGUUAUACAGUUAUCAAAUACUUCAGUAUCCAAAACUCUCAUUCAGAAUGCUAAUUUCACGCCGACGUCCAUAGCAGUGGAUCCUACAAGAGGAGUGAUGUUUUGGGCUCAUUGGUCGAGUAUGUCACCUGAAGAUGGGAGGAUCGAUACUGCUCAAAUGGACGGAAAAAACAUAAAAUCAUUUAUCACUGAUGACAUAGAUUGGCCCACAGGUCUGGCAAUUGAUAUUUUGGGAAAGAAGUUGUAUUGGUCUGAUAAACAUUUACAUUGGAUACAGAGCAUCAAUUUAGAUGGAAGUAAUAAACAAACCGAAAUCAAGAUGGGUAUAGAUUCACCUUCAUCUGUUAGCCUUGCUAUUGGCGUUGGAAUGCAAAAGCAUUUAUACUUCAUUGAAAUGACAAAAGGGUCUAUCAUGGCUUACAGAAAUGAGACGGGUUUGAAGAAAAUCUUUCAAGGAAAUUUGCCUCUUUAUGAUAUUAAAUUGGUCGAUGCUGACAUACAAAAAGGAGAAAAUGGCUGUUCAAAUUCCACCUGUCCAGAACUCUGUUUACCAAUUCCCAGCAACAAAUCAGUGUGUGCUUGUUCAGAUGGUUUUGCGUUCUCCAACAACACUUGCGUCAAACUAGAAAACUACACUACACCAUCUUUCUGUCCUUCAGAUUCUUUCCAGUGUUUCCAUAACCAGCACUGUAUACCUAACACUUAUCUAUGUGAUGGCGUUGACAACUGUAAGGAUGGUUCAGACGAAUCGUCGGAUCCGGGAGGUCCUUGUGAACACGUGUCUUGCGGAGAAAGCCAGGUGAGGUGUGACAAAACCACUUGCAUAGCCAAGCAUUGGAUUUGUGAUGGCGAGAAGGACUGCUUUGAUGGAUACGAUGAAAAUCCUUCUUUGUGUUCCGAAAUUUGUCUACCAACACAGUUUAAAUGUAAUAACUCCCGAAGAUGUAUACCAAUGGUUUGGCGGUGUGACAAUGUCCACGAUUGUGGAUUUGAUGAUCAUAGCGAUGAAACAGAUUGCAAGAACUCUACCUGCGAAAUGAACGAAUUCAUGUGUAAAAGCGGCCGGUGCAUAGCGGCCGAUUUCUACUGUGACUCAAUAAAGGAUUGUGAUGACGGUUCUGAUGAAGAAGGUUGUCUCACCUGUGAUCCCCAAUUAGAAAUACCUUGUAAACCUUUAGAUACAUGUCUUGCAAAAAGUGCUCUUUGUGACGGAAAACCAAAUUGUCCUGAUGGAUCAGAUGAGAAAGACUGCGGACCCAAAAUCGAAUGUGAACCUGAGGAGUUCAUGUGUGCAAACUUUGAGUGUAUUAGAAAGGAAUUCAAAUGUGACUCAGAUCUGGACUGCUUAGAUGGCUCCGAUGAAAGGAAUUGUGACCCAGAUAAACUCAAGAAUGCCACAGAGUUCAAAACGCCAGUUAUAAAGUGUGAUGCACCAUAUAAACUCUGCGAUAACAACACAAAGUGCAUACCCACCUCGAAAUUGUGUGAUAAUCGACAGGAUUGCGCUGAUGGCACAGACGAAAUAGGAGAAACUUGCCAGGAUCACAAGCAUACUGAAUCUAAAUUCAUAUCUAAUUGUGAAUACCCCUCCAGGUCUUGUGAUAAUGAUACAAAGUGCAUUUCUAUUGACCAGCUUUGUGAUGAUAGAAAUGAUUGCAAUGAUGGUACAGAUGAGGGAAUGAGAUGUUCUGAUAUGCUAUGUGAUCAUAGCUUCGUAUGUUCUCACGACUGUCACAAUGCACCGGAAGGCCUAAUUUGCACCUGCCCCCCUCAUUUACACCUCCAAGCAGACAAAACCCAUUGCCUUGAAACACAUCCUUGUCAAGCUUGGGGUGUUUGCUCUCAAAAUUGCAUUCCAAGAGGUUCAAGGUACAAGUGUACUUGCCAGGAGGGAUAUGUAUUGCAAGAAGAUGGUUUUACUUGCAAAAGUACCGACAGUGGACGGCCUUAUGUUAUAUUUAGUAAUCGCCACGAGCUCAGAGGAAUAGAUUUGCAUACGUUCAGUUUGAAGUCAUUCAUACCAAGUUUGAAAAAUACCAUUACGUUGGAUUUUUUCCACGCCAAUGAUACUGAUAUGGUAUUUUGGACAGAUGUGAUAGAUGAUAAAAUCUAUAGAGGAACAGUAAUAGGAGGUUCACUCGGAAACAUUGAGGUAGUUGUACAGACAGGUUUGUCCACGGCCGAGGGGUUAGCUGUGGAUUGGAUCGGCCAAAAUCUCUAUUGGGUAGAGAGUAACUUAGAUCAGAUAGAAGUUGCUAAACUGAACGGAAGUUUUCGUCGGACUCUUGUAGCUGGCGAUAUGGAAAGUCCUAGAGCCAUAGCUGUUGAUCCAAGAGAUGGAUAUCUAUUUUGGACAGAUUGGGAUAGUCAGCUUCCCCGAAUAGAACGGUGUUCAUUGGCGGGAUUAGAUCGACGCAUGGUUGUUAGAAUUGUGAACAAUGGAUGGCCUAAUGGUUUAACUUUGGAUUAUACUACUAGAAGAAUAUAUUGGAUCGACGCUCAGUCAGACUCGAUACAUACUUCUGAUUAUGAUGGAAAUGAUCAUCAUGAGGUAAUGAAUAAUCAUGAAAUGCUUUCUCAUCCGUUUGCAAUUACAGUUUUUGAAAAUUACGUUUAUUGGACGGAUUGGAGAACGAAUAGCGUUAUUAGAGCCAAUAAGUGGAAUGGGGGAGAUGUGAGGGUUAUUCAGAGAACUUUAACGCAACCUUUUGAUAUCAAAAUCAUGCAUCCCAGUCGGCAGCCUACAGAUGGAAUAAGUCCUUGUGGAAAUAAUAAUGGCGGAUGUUCGCAUCUUUGUUUAUUGCACUUGAACCACACUUUCAAAUGUGAUUGUCCACAUGUUAUGAGACUUGGGGAAGACAAUAAAACUUGCGUGGUAAAUGAAAAAGUCUUGCUGAUAUCGAAGAACACUCAAAUUCGAGGAGUUGAUAUCCUUCAACCAUACUACCAUACAAUCCCAACAAUAAGCAUUCCACAAGUAUUGAGUCCUGUACAGCUGGAAUACUUUGCCAAAAACAGUACUUUGUAUUGGUCAGAUCAACAUUACAAUGAAAUAAAACGAACAAGUCUAACACAUGGUCCCACAGAAACUAUCAUAGACACCGACUUGCAAAAUCCCUCAGGAUUAGCUGUUGAUUGGAUAUCCCAAUUACUAUUUGUAUCUACGAAGACUGGCAUAAUGGUUACUAAUUUGAAUGGAGAGUUCAGCACUAAUCUUAUUGAUGACGUUGAUGUGCUCUCUGUUGCUAUUGAUCCUAUUCAGGGCCGAUUAUUCUGGAUAUCAAAAGAAAACGAAACAGAAUUCAUAGAAACAAGUGCCAUGGAUGGUAGUGCUAGAACAACUAUAGUAUCCAAACUUGAGAAAAACUCGAAAGGGUUAGUAGUAGACAAAAAAUCACCAAAAAUCUAUUGGAUAAGCAGUUUCGAAAUUUACUUCUGUAAUUUCGAUGGAACUGAUGUUAAAAAACUGAAUUUGUCAGAACACAUGUCUGUAUCAGCUAUCACACUCUAUCACGAAAAGCUUUAUUUUGCAGACGACAACGAUCUGUCAAUUCACUCGAUAGAUAAAGAGACAGGAAGGAACGAUUCCAUCGUGAGGAACAGUACUGGAGGAGUACUGGCUUUACAGAUAUAUGAUCCGUCAGAGCAAGUUGGAGACCACCCUUGUAGCGUAAAUAGAGGUGGUUGUCAGCACUUGUGUCUUCCAAUUUCAGCUACCGCAUUCAGUUGUAAAUGUGCGAUUGGCUAUCAAAAAGAUUCAAAAGAUAAAUUUAAAUGCGUCGGAAUCGAGGAAUUUCUUUUAUAUUCUAUAAAUUGGGAACUUCAUGGACUCUCUUUAGAUGGUAGAAACGAAACAAAGGUAUUAGGACCUAUUUCAAAAGUAUCAAGUGCAACUGCUAUCGACUUUUUGGCAGAGCAAGAUUACAUUUUUUGGGCAGAUAGCGAACAUGGAUCUGUAAGUCGAAUAAAAAGAGAUGGUACUGAACGAAGCUACAUUUUAGAGCAGACUGAAAUAUUCGAAAAUAUUCCUGUUGAUUGGUUGACAGGUAUCGCAAUUGAUUGGAUAUCUGGUAAUAUAUACUGGUGUGAUUCAAAGCGGGGUACAAUAGAAGUAUCACGUUUAGAUGGUACAAAAGAGCAUGUUUUGCUGUCAUAUGAAGUAGGGAAACCUAAUUCCAUCGUGGUUGAUCCGGUCAAAGGGUUUUUAGUGUGGGCCAGUGGUUCAAAAAUUGAAAUAGCUACAUUGGACGGUCAGAACAGAAAAAUAUUGAUAGAAGAUGGAAAAUUGAUUUCUGAUGUAUCGUUAGAUUCCCAAAAUGAAUUUGUUUACUUCUGUGACAUACAUGGUAACACCAUUGAAAGAAUAAAGUAUGACGGAAUGGACAGAUUAGUGCUGCUGAAUCAUUCAUUAGAAAACCCAGUCGCUUUAACUAUUUUCGAUGAAAAAGUUUAUUGGUUAGAUACAACCCACGGUGGGGGAAGUAUAAAAGUGGCACAUAUUUCGAAUAUGUCGGAUUUUGCAGUACUCGAGAAAUAUUUAGGUAAUUCUUUGAAGGACAUUGAAGUGUUCUCAAAGAGGAAGCAAAAUGGUACCAAUCCUUGUGCUGAUAAUAAUGGUGGUUGCCAACAGUUAUGUUUGUUCAAUGGAACACAUCCUGUAUGUGUUUGUUCUCAUGGAAAAAUUGCUUCUGAUGGAAAAACUUGUGAAGCUUUCGAUAGUUUUAUCAUGUACUCCCGUGUCCUUAGCAUUGACUCCAUUCAACUUAUAGGCGAUAAAAACUUACAAAACUCCCCUCAACCGAGUAUCAAAAACAACACAAUGUUGAAAAACGCCAUUGGCUUAUCUUUCAGCUACAAACACCAACGGCUGUUCUACUCUGAUAUACAGAAGGGAUCUAUCAACACAGUGUUCUUCAAUGGAAGUGACCAUAGAAUCGUAGUGGAGAAACAAGGUUCUGUGGAAGGCUUAGCUUAUGAACAAAUACAUAAUUCCUUGUAUUGGACUUGUAACAUUGAUGCUACCAUCAACAGAGUCAAUCUGACCAAUCAAUUAUCAAAUGCCAGUUCUGUUGAAACAAUUGUUCAUAUGCGUGUACAAGAUAAACCUCGAGGAAUAGCUGUAGAUAGCUGUGGAAAUAGAGUUUAUUGGACCAAUUGGAAUUCCCACCAACCAAGCAUUGAAAGAGCCUAUUUGACUGGUUUUGGUCGAGAAGCUAUAAUUAAAACAGAUGUACGAAUGCCUAAUGCUAUUACUUUAGAUCAUAAAGCCCAAAAACUGUAUUGGGGUGAUGCUAGGCUUGAUAAAAUUGAGAGAUGUGAAUAUGAUGGGACUAAGCGAGUUAUCUUGGCUAAGGUUACUCCUCAACAUCCAUUCGCUCUUGCAGUAUAUGGUGAUUUCAUAUAUUGGACAGACUGGAUAUUACACGCCAUUAUCAGAGCAGAUAAAUUCACAGGUCAAUAUGUUGUUCUGCUGAGAAGAGAUGUAGCACGACCCAUGGGCAUAGUUGCUAUAGCUAAUGACACUGAAGAUUGCUUUUCAAACCCUUGUCUGAUAAAUAACGGUUUUUGUGAAGAAAUUUGUGGUUUAACGGCUGCUGGACAAGUACGGUGUUCCUGCGAAGAAGGCAGGGUGCUAUCUGAAGAAGGUCGUUGCCAGUCAAAAAUCGUAACAAACUGUACAGAUAGCGGGGAUUCAUUCCGUUGCUCUGAUGGUGGAUGUGUACCUUUUCACCUUACCUGCGAUGGUAUUCCUCAUUGCGCAGAUCGAUCCGAUGAAGAACCUGGAUAUUGUGGAUACCGCACCUGUCCUUUAGGAUGGUUCCCAUGUCUGAAUAAAAUGUGUAUCUCUGCCAAUCUGACUUGCAAUGGAAUUGAUGACUGUGGUGACUCUACAGAUGAACACAAUUGUUCUUGUCCAGAAGAAACCCAUUUCCGGUGUAAAAAUGGGGAAUGUCUUGAUAUAUCCCAAAGGUGUGACAAUGAACCAGAUUGUCAAGAUAAAUCUGAUGAAAUUGGCUGUGCUAUGCCGAAUUGCACAGCAAAGCACGGAAAAGACUUUGUCAACUGUAAGUUCACCACUACUUGUAUACACAAAGACUGGUUUUGUGAUGGGGAUGAUGACUGUUGGGAUAAUUCAGAUGAAACUAAUUGUACCAUUGUGAAUCAAGUAUGUGAGAACGGACAAUUUCGUUGUGCUAAUGGAGCUUGUGUAAAUAUAACAGUCCGUUGUAAUGGUGUACCUGAUUGCAAUGAUAUGGACAGUAAUGAAGGAAUUAGUUCAGACGAAAUCAAUUGUGGAGUAGAUCACAUGCAGUGCCGUUAUGAUCAAUUUUUGUGUGAGAGUGGCUCCACAUGUAUACCCCUAUCUUUGUAUUGUAAUGGUGUUCCAGAAUGCCCAGAUCAAAGUGACGAGUUGAAUUGUAAGCAACAGUGCCGAUCAGAUAACUUUCAAUGUGGCAGUAACGAAUGCAUACCCAGAUCCUGGCAAUGUGAUGGUAAUCCAGAUUGCGCUGAUCAGUCUGACGAAAGCGACCAUUGCCAAGAAACUACAUGCACCGAUUAUGAAUUUAGGUGUAACAAUACUGGAAGGUGUAUACCGUUAAAAUGGGUUUGCGAUGGAGAAGACGAUUGCCAAGAUAAUACUGAUGAACAUAUAUUACAAGGUUGCACAUUCAAUAAUUGCAAUGAAAAUCAGUUCCGCUGUUCAGAUGGACAGUGCAUAGGAAAAAUAUAUUAUUGCGACGGAGACCGCGAAUGUAUAGAUGGAUCCGACGAACCUGACGACUGCUAUAAAACCUGCUCCACCGGCGAAUACCAAUGCGACAAUGACAAUUGCAUUUUGGAGAGUAUGAAAUGUGAUGGAACAGAUGACUGUGGAGAUGGUAGCGAUGAAGGCAAACAUUGCGAGAAAACCGAGGACCAAUACUGUAAGAAAAAAGGAUGGUUUCAUUGUGAUAAUGGCGUAUGUAUCAAUGAUACCUUGUUGUGCAAUGGGGAGAAUAAUUGCGGAGAUUUUUCCGACGAAAAUAAAUGCGGAAUUGAUGAAUGUUCUGCCACACCAUCUCCUUGCGCUCAAAUUUGCGUAGAUAAACCCGUCGGAUACGAAUGUAUGUGUAAAUUGGGCUUCAGAGUUAGUUCCAAAGAUCCUAAACACUGUGACGAUGUCGACGAAUGUUUACAAAAACCUUGUAGUCAGAUUUGCAGAAAUACUCGAGGUUCAUACCACUGUAGUUGUCACAAAGAUUACAUACUACAAUACGAUAAAAAAUCCUGCAAGGCUAAUUCCACUAUUAAGGUUAAUCUGAUUUUAGCAAAUAGGUAUUAUAUUAGGGAAGUAGAUUUGACAGGAACCAGUACGCUCUUAGCUCAUAAUUUGACAAAUGGAGUAGCUCUGGAUUAUGAUUGGUUAAGUCAGUGCAUAUAUUGGUCAGACGUGACAAAGUUUGGAUCUUCAAUAAAACGGCUCUGUGAUUAUAAGAAAAACUCGACGGAGGUAGAGAUACUUCACUCUCCAACACUACAGAAUCCAGAUGGUUUAGCAGUUGAUUGGAUUGGGAGAAACUUGUAUUGGUGUGAUAAGGGUCUGGACACAAUCGAAGUGUCAAGCUUGGAUGGAAAAUAUCGAAGAGUGUUGCACUCAAAGGGCUUGGAGGAACCGAGAGCUAUAGCAUUAGAUCCUACAAAAGGCUAUAUGUACUGGACUGAUUGGGGAUUCAGAGUGCAUAUCGGUAAGGCCGGUAUGGACGGUUCAGACCCUAAAUUGAUAGUUACAUCAAAUCUUGGAUGGCCUAAUGCGCUAACUAUUUCGUAUGAAACAAACGAACUAUACUGGGCUGAUGCUCGUGAAGACUAUAUAGCAGUGUCAGACUUGGAUGGAAAAAAUGUCAAAAUAAUAACGAGUCGGCAAAAGAAUCCUAAUGUACAGCUGCACCAUGUAUUUUCUAUAGAUGUUUGGGAGGACAAUAUUUAUUGGACUGAUUGGGAGACAAAAACUAUAGAGAGGUGCAACAAACACACAGGCCAAGACUGUAAAACCAUUCUUUCAUUAGUUCAUCGACCGAUGGAUGUUAAGGUUGUUCAUCCAUUCAGACAACCAGCAGUUAAAAAAAGUCCCUGUUCAACAGCAAACUGUUCAGUUCUGUGCCUGUUGACUCCUAAAGAACCGUUUUAUAAAUGUGCUUGCCCAGAAAACUACCUCCUGGGCCAAGAUGGUCGCAGUUGUAUAGCCAAUUGUACUUUGGCCCAUUUCGAAUGUAAAUCGAGUUACAAAUGCAUUCCUUUCUGGUGGAAGUGUGAUACCCAGGACGAUUGCGGAGAUGGCAGUGAUGAGCCAGCGGAUUGUCCAAAGUUCAAUUGCAUGCCUGGUCAGUACCAGUGUAAGAAUGGGCACUGUAUCCAUCCUUCGGAUCUGUGCAAUGCCAAGGAUGACUGUGGCGAUAAGUCAGAUGAAAGUGAUUGUGGCAAUUAUACUUGUCUCAAUACACAAUUUAGGUGCGAGGGCAACGCUACAGUACCUAUGAUGUGCAUACCUUCGAAACAGAGAUGUAAUAAUCACACAGACUGUCCCCUUGGCGAAGAUGAACAAAACUGUCCCGUAGCGACGUGUCCCAUAAACCAAUUCAAGUGUGCCAACCACAAGUGUAUACCUGACGUUUGGGUUUGCGAUAAAGAUAAUGACUGCACAGAUAACUCUGACGAGGAACAAGAUUGCGACAGCAGAACUUGCGGACCCCACCAUUUUCGAUGCAACUCUGGGAGGUGUAUUCCACAUUCUUGGUUAUGUGAUGGGGAUCUUGAUUGUGCCGAAGGUGAAGAUGAACCAAAAACAUGCAGUCAUCCAGAUUAUCACACUUGCGCACCAACUUACUUCCAAUGCAAGAACAAUAAGUGUAUUCCAGGAAGAUGGAGAUGUGAUUAUGAAGAGGAUUGUGGAGAUGGAUCAGAUGAAGAGGGUUGCGUUCCACGAAAUUGUUCCGAGUCCGAGUUCCGAUGUACCAAUGGAAAGUGCAUUCGUGGCAGUAUGAAAUGUGAUGGUGAAUAUCAGUGUGAAGAUCGAUCUGAUGAAGCUGGCUGUACCACUCAGUGCAAAAACAAUGAAUUCCAAUGUUCUGACCCCAAAAUAUGCAUAUUUUUAGCUUGGAAAUGUGAUGGUGAGGUAGACUGCCCAGAUGGAUCUGAUGAAACAAAUUGCACCGAAUCGUGUGUUCAUAACGGUUUCAAAUGUCAUAAUGGUUUCUGCAUCAAUGAACAAUGGCGUUGUGAUGGUCAAAAUGAUUGCGAAGACGGUUCUGAUGAGCUCAACUGCUUUUCAAAUGCUUGUCCAGCUGGAAGAUUCAGGUGCAAGAACCAUCGUUGUGUACCUAUAAACUUCCUUUGUGAUGGAAAAAAUCAGUGCGGAGAUGGAAGUGAUGAAGACAAACAUAUUUGUAAGAGGUAUGGUCUAUGUCCUUCAAAUCAAUUUGCUUGCAAAAACGGCCGAUGCAUUGACAACACCUUGCGAUGCGAUAGUUUCAAUGAUUGUGAAGAUAAUAGUGAUGAAAUUGACUGUGUGACAUCAGCUUGUAAAUGGAACAGUUGUUCACAAAUAUGUGUUGAAGAGAGACAAAAUCACACUAUGUGUAAGUGCCUAGAUGGAUAUAGGCACACUGAGGCAGGACAGUGUCGAGCUAUAGGGGACCUAGCAGAGCUGGUUCUCGCAGCAGAAGCUGAACUGCGAGUUAUAUCUCCAUACAAAUCCGGAGAUAAUGAAAACAAACUGAAAAAAACUCUAGCUACUGCUCCAGGGUAUAAAGUUGAUGCUGUAGAUAUCUUGUCUUCUAGCAGGCAAGCGGUAGCAUUUUGGACGGACCAUCAAAACAAAAGAGUUCAGUCAAUGGUCAUCCAUAUCGACAAAGAUGGUCGAUCUAACAGGGACGCAGAUGUGGCCAAAACUAUAUUAUCAAAUCUCCAGGAUCCCAGAGGAAUUAGUAUUGAUUGGGCUGCAAGAAGAAUCUAUGUAACUGACGGUAACAGAUUGCUUGCAUCCUCUAUUGACGGAAAUUAUGUGUACACACUACUAACUGGUAACAUACAACAACCAAGAGACAUAAUUGUUGUACCUGAACAUGGAGUGAUGUUCUGGGCCGAUUGGGGUCCAGCCCCUAGAAUAGAGACUGCUUACAUGGACGGAUAUAAAAGGAGAGUUCUUGUUAGUAGUGGAAUACUGUGGCCAACUGGUUUGGCUGUUGAUCACGGUACUAACAGGUUGUACUGGGCUGAUCCGAAGACCAUGGCAGUGGAAUGUGUACUGUACGAUGGAACUGACAGGCAUGUGAUUAGGCAUUUUGAUACAGGCAUUAAACCAUUCAAAAUAGAAGUCUUUGAAGAAAACUUGUUUGUCUCAACGCAUCACAAACAUGAUAUAUUCCGUAUCAAUAAGUUUGGAAAAGGAAAUAUCACUGUUUUGGCACGAAGCCUGGCUCGAAUAUCAGAUAUUUUAAUAUUGCAUCCACACAAACACAUUGAGAUGAAUAAUACCUGUUACGACUAUUGUAACGACAGUGAGUUUUGUUUGUUGACUCCAAGAGGAGCUACUUGUACCUGUGCCGACGGUUAUGUUAAGGAUAACUUGACCUGUAAAGCAGCAUCGCCGACUAACUCAGGUUGUUCUCUGGAUUGCCAUACGGGGACUUGCCAAAUACAGAGUCAAGGCCCUAAGUGUGUGUGCCCACCGCAAUAUGACGGGGCUCAUUGUGAGCAUUAUCGUUGCUCUCAGUACUGUAAAAACCAUGGACUGUGCUAUGUAGAUAUUUAUUCUGCGAAAUCUGCAGAUACCAAACCGCCUUUAAGGUGUAAUUGUCCACCUAGAUGGACAGGUGCGAGGUGUGAGACACCAGUUGACCUAUGUGAAGGUAGAUGCUUCAAUAAUGGUACCUGUACAUUAUUAAAAUCUGGAAUACCCCGAUGUACUUGCCUAUCAGGUUUCACAGGUAUAAGGUAUGUAGAUAGCAAAAUUAGAUUAUUCAUAGAUUUUGGCUUGCUUUUGGAUUCAAUCAAUGCUAGUUGUAUUUUCUCGAGCUAUUGUGAAUUGAGGAAAUUAACCUGA